AAAAAAAAACAAAAACUAACAAACAAACAAUUUGUAUACUUUUUCUAAUGAUCAACUUUGCCAUUAGAAUUCAGUUUCGCUAAACAACUCAACUCGAACACUUAUAACGCAAAACAAGUUUUGUUUAAAGAACUGAUAAUGGUUUUAACAAAUCAAACUACUUACGAUAAAGUUAAUAAAAUAUGGUGCGGUAAAAAAACUAAAUCACGUUUUGGUCCGGAAUCGUCUGUUGGUUCAGUGAUUUAUGAAAGUUUACAAAAAGAUCCAGAUCAUAUAGCUCAGAUUUGUUAUCCCUCGGAUAAAAAAUACACUAAUAAAGAUAUAUUAACAUUAUCCAUACGUGUUGCUCAACAUUUGGAACAACUGAAACUAAAACAAACUGAAGUAAUUGGUAUAUGUGCGAGUAAUAGUGAUUUUCUAGCACCACUGGUAUUUGGUUGCAUGUUUAGAGGUUUAACUAUCAGCACUUUAGACCCCAGUUUUGAUAAAGAUGGUAUUAAACAUAUUUAUUCUAUUACAAAACCAAAAAUUAUGUUUUGUGAUGGUUCGGCUUAUCAUAAAGUGAAAGAAUCAUUUGCUGAAUGUGGUUUGACUUCGAAAAUUGUUACGGUACGCGAUCACAUUGAAGGUGUUCCUAGUUUGGAUAGAUUUUUAAAAGAAACUGGAAAUGAAAAUGAAUUUAAAUGUGUGGAAUUAGAAGAUGGUUAUGAUCAAACGGCUGUAAUCAUUUGUUCAUCUGGCACAACGGGACUGCCUAAGGGCGUAUGUGAAUCUCAUGCCAGUAUCUUAAACACACUCAAACUACCUCCUAGUGCCAGUAUACUUUCCUUUAGCACCAUUUACUGGAUAUCUGGCAUAUUUGCUCUCAUCACCGGCACCAUUGAGAAUAUGACACGUGUUAUAAGUUAUCAAGCUUAUAAUCCUGAAGAUGCUCUAGAGAUGAUUAAACGUUAUAAUAUUGAGCUGUUUCUGGGACCACCAAAUCAAUUGGCUUUAAUGUUAGCUUCGCCGAAAUUCGACAAAGACUAUUUGAAAAGUGUAAAAUUAUACUUUAUGCUAGGUAGUCCACUGCCCUUCCAAUUAGUGGGUAAAUUAAAAUCACACAUACCGGAUGCUUCGAUUUAUGUGGGUUACGGCAUGAGUGAAACCUGUGGCGGUAUUGCGGGAGGAAUAGCUGUUAGCAAACGUAACUGUGGACAGUUAUUUGAUAAUCUGGAGAUAAAAAUAAUCGAUGAAAAUGGUAGACAUGAGGAGGAGUUGGUAGUUGGUGAAAUAUGUGCUCGCACUCAGUAUAAGUGGUCGGGUUAUUAUGGCAAUCCUCAGGCAACAUCUGAAAUAUAUGACUCAGAACGUUGGGUUCAUACUGGAGAUCUGGGCUAUGUAGACAAUGGCUGUGUUUUUGUGGUUGAUCGUAAAAAGGAUAUUCUAAAGUACAACAACUUCCAUUUCUUUCCCAAUGAAAUUGAAAAUGUUAUAAUGGGACUACCAGAUGUCGUGGAGGUAUGUGUUUGUGGUAUACCCGAUGUUGUAACAAACAAUUUGCCAGCUGCUGCGAUAGUCAAGACCGCCAAUAGUACAUUAACAGAGGAACAGGUCUAUAAACAUGUCACUGUGUUGGCACAUUAUAAACACUUGCGUGGUGGAGUUUAUUUCGUUGACCAACUUCCGAAAACAAUGUCUGGAAAAGUUCUUCGUCGUAAAGUAGCGGAAUUGUGUACAGAGUUGUAUAGAGCAUAGAGCAUAUAGAUAUGUUUAUAAAUUUUUAACUAAUUAAGAUUUAUUAAUAUUAAAUUGUUAAAUAUAAAUGUUGAUUUUCUAUCUUUAUUGAAAAUGUGUAUAGGUGAAUCGUUAAAAUGUCAGGUUUGUGUUAUAUUUAGGCUAAACUCAAGAUAUUUCUUUUGCAUUUGAAAAUUUUAAAUGAGUUUAUUGGUAGCCCUGCUAUUUAUUUCUAUUUUAAAAAUAGUUUAUAUCGGUUCAAAAAUUUUCACUAAAAGAUGAGAUGUGGCAACCCUACCAAAAUAAGUCUUAUAAAAACUACAAAUAGUUACUAAUUGUAAGACCAAGCUUAUUUAAAUCAGUUCACUGUGACAAAGUAAUAGUUAUAUCAAUAAAAGAAACUUAAAAACAA